AUGGCUAAAGCGCGCUUGAAUACUCCCCAACCUGGGCGGUAUAGCGACGGCGCGACUCACAACGACGGCAAUGAGACAGAAAACAUACCCUCGUCCCCGUCCAGCAAAUCAAAAUCCCCUGAGCGGAAGAUUUACCCAAGGGCCGGUACAUUUAGAUCCCCCUGUGGGUACGCCACGGGUUCCACAUUCCUCGGCAUGGACAACAAUUUCGCUGGCACGGGCAGCCAAUUACCCAUCUUCAUGUACCACGCCGACCUCAAGUUUGACGAACCGCCCAACAUCGUCGUCCAACGCAAGAUUCAUCUUGCAGUCUACGGGCGCAUACGACAGCAUCUCAACCAGGGAAACAUGUUGGAGGAUUUAUGGGAGUUGGAACCUAUCAAGAUUGUGGCUAUGCCGGGGCCCGGUGAUGUCCCUCUUGCCUGGACCUUCAAAGAAAGCCAGAGAAUGCAGCAGAUGUGCAAGAAGGUGGAAGAAUACACGGCGCGUUUAGGGAAGGUGAAGCAGACCCGGGGCAAGUUAUCUGGCGAGCUCAUGCUGUUCCUGCGGGAGUUCAACAUCGACACUACGCUCGCGGACGAGAUUCCGGAGCAGUGGGCUGACUUCUGUAGUACUGAGAACCUGCAGAGACUUAACACUGGAGAGGAAUGCCUUCAGAGUAUUCCUCUGAGAUCCGUUUUGCAGACAUUCGAGAUCUUGCUUGCACAGUAUAAGGCCGAACAGAAGUUGGCCUGUGCUAAGCCCACAUGCAAGAAAGGACGUAUGCUUGACGAGAAAGAGAAGAGUGAUGAGAAUGCAAUUGUUUCUAAGAGAAAGGGAGUUAGAACAGAUGACGCCAGAAAACAAUGCUAG